CUCUCUCCGGCCGGAAGUGGCGACUCGUCGUCUCCACAUGUGCUGGCAAGGCACUGUUGCUGCUGCCAGCAGCUCCUCUUGGCGCCCUUCCCUCGCAGCUGGCUUUGGGGGCGCCUCCCCCCCUCCUCCCCCCUCCUCCUGCCUUGGUGGAGGGGGGGCCUCCCCCUGCCUUCCCUCCCUCCCUCUGCGCCAUGGCCACGGGGGACCUGGAGAGGAUCCUGUCAGCCUUGCUGCAGCCUGACAAUGCCAUCAUCCAACAGGCCACAGCCCAGCUAAAGGAGGCCCUAAAGCAACCUCAGGCGUUGUCCCAUCUCAGCCAUGUCAUGUCCAAUUCUCAAGAUCCACAGAUCCGUCAACUUGCUGCUGUGCUGGUGAGGAGGCGACUAACCAAACACUGGAAGAAACUCAGUGCAGUUGAGCAGGACACGCUAAAGAAGCUUGUGCUGACCGUCCUGCAGAAGGAAACAGACCAUAAGGUCUCCUUAGGCUUGGCCCAGCUGGCCGCUGUCAUUCUGAAGAACGAGACGCUGGAAAAAUGGCCUCAAUUGCUUCAUGUCAUCCAACAAGGCGCCCGUUCCCGGGAUCCCAUCCAGUGCCAGGUAGGAUUGCUCCUCCUGCAUUCUGCCCUGGAACUGGACCCCGAGCUUUUUGCUCCCCACUACAAGGACCUUUUGCGCCUCUUCCACCAGACCCUCAACAUUCGGGGACAGCCGGCAGCCCUCUACUAUUCCUUUCGGAGCCUCACCACAAUGGUGCCUGGAUUGGGCUCAGAUGAGAUGAGUCUGAUGUCUUCCAUGGUGCCUAAGCUGCUCUCAGCCAUCCGAGAACUGAUCUCUGUGGACGAGACCCAGGCAAGCGAAGCGAUGGAGGUUUUCGAUGAGCUCAUGGAGACGGAAGUAUCCAUCAUUGCCCAGCACGCUACAGAGAUUGUUAGCUUCUGCCUAGAGAUAGCCUCCAAUCAAGCCUUGGGCGACACUCUCCGCGUGAAAGCGCUGUCCUGUAUCAGCUUCUUCAUCAAACUCAAGAGCAAGACCAUCCUGAAGCACAAGCUUCUCUCUCCCAUCCUGACCACCUUGUUCCCCAUCAUGAGUGCAGAGCCGCCUCCAGGACAGAUGGACGCAGAGGACGAGCAGACAGAGGAGGACAUCGAGGAGAGGGCCGAAGUCCAGACCCCCAAGCACUAUGCAGCCCAGGUGGUAGAUAUGUUGGCCCUUCACCUUCCCCCCGAGAAGCUCUUCCCCCAACUGACGCCAUUAAUGGAACCAGCGCUUCUGAGUACCAAUCCGUACCACCGGAAAGCUGGCCUCAUGUGCUUAGCGGUUCUGGCUGAAGGCUGUGGGGAUCACAUCCGGAAGAAGCAUCUCCAGCCCAUGCUGCAGGUAGUGUGCCGGGCACUUUUAGAUGAAAGUCAAGUGGUCCGAAAUGCCGCCCUCUUUGCCUUGGGACAGUUCUCUGAGAACCUGCAGCCCGACAUUGCCAAUUACUCAGACGACAUCAUGCCGCUGCUUUUGCGCUACUUGGAGGGCGUCCAACUGGCUCAUACCAGCCACAUGGCCAAAGCCUACUAUGCCCUGGAAAACUUUGUGGAGAACCUGGGAGACAAGAUUGCUCCCUACCUCCCCUCCCUGAUGGAACGGAUGCUCACCACAUUAAGUCUUCCCGGAAGCCCUCGGACCAAGGAGCUGUCCGUCAGCGCAAUUGGAGCUAUUGCCCAAGCUGCCCAAGAAUCCAUCAUGCCAUACUUCCAAGCCAUCAUGGAUCAGCUGAUGGGUUACCUGCUCACCACCCAGGAAGACCUCAGACCUGUCCAGAUUCAGUCUGUAGAGACCCUUUCAGUCCUUGCCACCGUCUUGAAAAAGGACAUUUUCCUCCCACUGGCAGAGCAGUGUUGUCAACUUGGGCUGGACCUCUGCGACCGAGUGGACGACCCGGACUUAAGGAGAUGCACGUACAGUCUCUUUGGCUCACUGGCUACUGUCUUAGAAGAUGGCAUUGCCCCGUACCUGCCUCGCAUCACUACCUUUAUGCUCUAUUCCCUCAAAUCCACUGAGGGCUUCGAGACUCCGCUUGGAACUGGGAACUCUUUCCUUCUUUUUGACGACGAGGAAGAGGAGGCCGAGGUGGAAGGAGACGAGAGCCUGACUGAUGAAGAGGAGGAUGACGACUCUGAACUCACAGGGCUGAGUGUGGGAAAUGUUUAUAUGGAUGAGAAGGAGGACGCCUGUGUGGCUCUGGGAGAGAUCGCCACUAGUGCCAGCGUGGCCUUUCUGCCGUACAUGGAAAGCACCUUUCAGGAAAUCACCAAGUUGUUGGAGUGUCCCCACAUCCGGGUGCGGAAAUCUGCCUAUGAGGCUCUGGGCCAGUUCUGCAUCUCCUUCCGGCAUCUGUGUGAGCGGGAUCCAUCUGAACCCCAUGCUGCAGCCUUCCAGAAGCUCCUCUCCAUGGUGAUACCGGUCUACAUCAAGGGCAUCCGGGGGGACAAGGAGCGCCAGGUGGUGAUGGCCAUUUUGGAGACUCUGGCGAAGGUGGUGAAGGCCUGCCAGCAGGAGGGUCUCCGCGACCCCAGCCGCCUGGGAGAGCUGUGCCGCGUGGUGCGAGAAGUGCUGGAGAAGAAGACAACCUGCCAGGGCGCAGAUGUGGAUGAAGAUGGAGACGAAGAUGACGAAGAAGAGGCGGAAUAUGAUGCCAUGCUGAUUGAGUAUGCUGGCGAGGUGAUCCCUGCACUGGCUGCCGCUGCUGGAGGGGAAACAUUUGCUCCGUAUUUUGCCGGUUUCUUGCCUUUGCUUCUCAAUAAAAUGAAACCCAGCUCGUCUUCCUCGGACAAGUCCUUUGCCGUGGGCACCGUGGCCGAGACGAUCCAGGGGUUGGGCCAGGCCUCGAGCGCCUUUGUGCCGCGUUUGCUGCCGCUGCUGAUGGGGGCAGCCCGGGACACGGACAAGGAGGUCCGCAGCAAUGCCGUCUUUGGGCUGGGGGUCUUGGCGGAGCACGGCAGGGAGCCCAUGCAUGAACACUUCCCCAAGCUGUUGGGGCUUUUGUCCAACCUCAUCUCUCAGGAGCAAAACAGCCGGGUGGCCGAUAAUGUCUGUGGAGCCGUGGCACGGAUGGUGAUGGCCAACCCUGGCGGGGUCCCCAUCGGGCAGGUCUUCCCCGUCUUGCUGCGCGGCCUGCCUCUCAAGGAGGACUUUGAAGAGUAUCAGACGAUAUUCCGCUGCAUCAACUUCAUCCACAAGCACGAUCCACAGCAGGUAUUGCAGCAGAUUGGGGAAAUCGUUCGUGCCAGCAGCACUGUCUUGGGCAGCAAAAAUGUACCAGCAGAAGGACAGAACAGCCUGCUGAUGCUCCUGCGCAACCUCUCUGUCUCUUGCCCUUCCGAAUUCCAAAACGCCGUUCGCUCGUUGCCCUCCGAAGCUGGCGCUUUGGUCAACACAGCGGUCACGUCUUCCACCUGAAGCUCAGAAGCACCAGCGCUCUUUGUUGCCCAGUUUGUGCCGUACGAACGAGAGUUUCCUCCUUCCAUUCGGGAACCGACCUGAGACACAGCAACGCUCCCUCCACCAUCUUGUGUUGACAAGUUUCCCGUUGAGUCCUUUGCGCACCUUUCUGUGACCGUUCACGUCUCUUCCUUCGGUGCCAACGGCAGUUCGUAUUUCUGGGAGGUGGAAGCGGUUGAGAUGGUUCCGCAAAGGAUUUCCUCUUGUUUGCACCAAGAACGGUUAUGAGCACGA